CAAAUAUUCAUUGAACAGCCAGACUGCACGACGUCCUUUUGAUUUAACGUGGAUCCUUUUUGUCUACUAGGAUCUGACUCUGAAACAUGGCUGGAGGACGGGCGCCAUCAUCCCCGAGCUGAGGAAGGAGAUCAAGAUCAUGAACACGCCGCAGUACGUGCACAUGAUGACGUGGUUACAGUCACUAACUGGACUUAUCGAACAGAUGCAGGUGCACAGUGAUCCUGCAACUCGAGCUGUAGUUGAGGAGUGGAGCAGAGAACGAGAAGCCAUGAAGCCGCAGUCAAAGAAGAUCUUCAACCCACAGUUUGGGAGCCUCUUUCGCACAUAUCACAACCCCACCUACUUCUCCCGUCGACUCUCCCGCUUCGCUGACAUCUACAUGGCUUCCAUCAGCUGCUUGCUCAACUACGACCUCAAGCACACCUUUUUCCCUCGCCUCACUCCUCUGCAGCAUGAGGCUGGGGUGGAGGUUUCACCCCCCAACUCCACAAGACCAGAACAGAGUCUGAUUUAAAGACCAUGAGAGUUCAGGAAGUACAGACAAACAAUCAGCAAUAUCUCCUGAUGCAUG